AUGUGGCAUCCAAACAUAUAUGAGGUAUGGUGGCACACUUGGGACAUGGGCGUCGAGCUGGGGUGCCUUGCUGGGAUGCCCUGGAAUGUGGGCAAAAGACUCCGUCUGCCCACUCCCAACGGACACACACAAACACACAGACUAUUUUUCCACAUCUAAGAAGAUUUAUUUAUUUAUUUGCUUUUUUUUUUUUCAGUCAAAAAUUGGAGGUCAUCUUAUACAGUCAUACCCAUAGCUGUCAACCGUCCCUUAUUUGGCGGGAAACUCCCUUAUCCCAGUGCCGUGUCCUGCUGCUGUCCCUUAUUGAUGAUGUCCCUUAAAUUUCCCGGGUUUCAAAGGAAGCAGCUCCUCUCCCUCCCUCCCUGCCGGCCAGGGAGGAGGGAGGCUCCAACUGUGUUGCUUGGCUGUGUUGCUCACCCAAUAAGGAGUCUAAGAACGACUGGGGGGUGGAGCUUGCAUGCCUUGUGCCAAUCGAAUCAGCCGCAUUGCCUGGGGACUCGCCUUUGCUCAGCGCUUCCCAGCGGUGGUUUUUCCUUUCUGCAUCCCCUUUGCCGGGUUGCUGCGCUGUGGGAACCACCGCUUGAGGCUUCGUUUGGCUGCUGGCUGGGCUUUCUGCCUUUGGCUCGGAGGGGCUCAGAAGUCGAACAUACCUGUGCCCGGAAAAUCCCUUAUUUUGGCUGCUGGUCCCUUAUUUUCAAAUCUGUAAGUUGACAGCUAUGGUCAUACCUCGUGUUUCAUUCCGCUCUUCUUACGGACUUUCGGGUUAUGAAUGCGGCAAGCCCGGAAGUGUUUACUUCCGGGUUCGCCGCAUGCGCAGAAGCGAUUUUCGUGCACGUGCACGGAAGAGGCGCUCUAGUUGCGGACUUUUCGGGGUGCGACCGGCACCCCGAAAUGGAUUAAGUCCGCAACUAGAGGUACCACUGUAUACCUAACUUUGGACCUCUGCAAGCAACUUUGGCCAACUUUCUUAAAAAAAAAAAGCACAGAGUUUCGAUGUUUAAAAUAUCAAUUUCUUAAUUCGGAGUACAGAAAAAUAGGGGUCGUCUCGUACAUGGAAAAAAUAAUGGUAUCUCCAUCUUUCAGACUGGAGACGUUUGCAUUUCCAUUUUACACCCUCCGGUGGAUGACCCGCAGAGUGGAGAGCUGCCUUCGGAAAGAUGGAAUCCCACGCAGAACGUGAGGUGAGGCUUGAGCUGCAGUUAAGCUGUCGCUAGUCUGUCGUCGUAAGAUUACCCAUCCCUCCCAUCACGGGCAAAGUGAAGCAGUCACCUGGAGGUGACUGAUUUAAGCGAUUGAAUUUAAUAAUAAUAAUAAUAAUAAUAACACAGUAGUGCCUCGCAAGACGAAAUUAAUUCGUUCUCCGAGUUUUUUCGUCUUGCGAAUUUUUCGUCUUGCGAAGCACUGUUUCCCAUAGGAAUGCACUGAAAAGGAAACAAACUUGCAAGACGUUUUCGUUUUUCAUCUUGCGAAGCAAGCCCAUAGGGAAAUUCGUCUUGCGAAGCAACUCAAAAAACGAAAAACUCUUUCGUCCUGUGAGUUUUUCGUCUUGCGAGGCAUUCGUCUUGCGAGGUACCACUGUAAUAAUUUUUAUUUAUACCCCGCCCUCCCCAGCCAAGGCCGGGCUCAGGGCGGCUAACAAGCAAUAAUAAAAACAAGUUGAAUGAAUACAACUUAAAAACAAGAUAAAAAUACAACAUUAAAAUAUUGAAAUAUUAAAAUGCAGGAAAAAGAAAGAGGGGGAGGGAAUCAAAUAGGCUCCAAGCCAAAGGCCAGGCGGAACAGCUCUGUCUUACAGGCCCUGCGGAAAGAAAUCAGAUCCUGCAGGGCCCUGGUCUCAUGAGGCAGAGCGUUCCACCAGGCCGGAGCCAGUGUUGAAAAGGCCCUGGCUCUGGUUGAAGCUAAUCUAACGUCCUUAGGACCCGGGACCACUAGGGUGUUGCUAUUUAUGGACCUUGAGGCUCUCCGUGGGGCAUACUGGGAGAGGCGGUCCCGUAGGUACGAGGGUCCUAGGCCGUGAAGGGCUUUAAAGGUCAAAACCUUUAAGCUUACCUAGCAGAGAGGCAGGGAAAUCCGGUGGAUAUUUCCUCAGCCAGUGGCUAUAUUCCUCUGCCCUGGGAGUUCAUAGAAUCAUAGAGUUGGAAGAGACCACAAGGGCCAUCGAGUCCAACCCCCUGCAAAGCAGGAAACACCAUCAGAGCACUCCUGACAUAUGGUUGUCAAGCCUCUGCUUAAAGACCUCCAAAGAAGGAGACUCCACCACACUCCUUGGCAGCAAAUUCCACUGUUGAACAGCUCUUACUGUCGGGAAGUUCUUUCUAAUGUUUAGGUGGAAUCUUCUUUCUUGUAGUUUGGAUUCAUUGCUCCGUGUCCGCUUCUCUGGAGCAGCAGAAAACAACCUUUCUCCCUCCUCUAUGUGACAUCCUUUUAUAUAUUUGAACAUGGCUAUCAUAUCACCCCUUAACCUCCUCUUCUCCAGGCUAAACAUGCCCAGCUCCCUUAGCUGUUCCUCAUAAGGCAUCGUUUCCAGGCCUUUGUUGAACCUCUACCCGUCAACCGUAUCACAGCUCUGAUUGGCUGUCUCUAAUUUUGCCAGAUUGGGGUGUGGAGCUGUAGCACUGACUGCGUUAGUUUUCGACAAUAAAGAGUAAACCAUCCGUCGUGUGCAUUCCUUGGCUGGAACGUGCCCUCGACACCCAACAUUUGCUGAAUUUAAAGGACUCUGGGGUUCUGUUUAGAUAUUUUGGAACCUUUAUAAAUCAAGGAUUCUGGCUUCCAUCGGAACCUUUGAGUCUGGUUCAGUGUUAGAAACACGGAGGUAUAAGCUAGUGCCCAGUGGCACCUUAAACCUAGGUUACAGUCGCCACAGUGGAAUGUCUAUUCACCAGGGGGUUGGCCUAGAUGACAUUUGGGUUCCCUUCCAAGGCUACAGUUCUAUGAUCUCAACUGCGUUGCUUGACUGUAGCUUGCUCUUACAACAAUUCACUGGUCCCAGCAUGCAAGGAGGAGAAUCACACCCACUGGAAGCGGAAAAUGGUACAGUCGUGCCUUGGUUAUCAAACUUUAUACGUUCCGGGAGGCGCGGCUUCUGCUUGGCUGCAGGAGGUUCCUGCACUCGGGAAGUUCGGCUUCCGAAAAACGUUCGCAAACCGGAACACUUAUUUCUGGGUUUGCGGCGUUUGGGAUCCGAUUUGUUCAGCAACUAAACUGUUUGAUAACCAAGGUAACGGUAAAGGGACCCCUGACCAUUAGGUCCAGUCAUGACCGACUCUGGGGUUGCAGCGCUCAUCUCGCUUUAUUGGCCAAGGGAGCCGGCGUACAGCUUCCGGGUCAUGUUGCCAGCAGGACUAAGCCGCUUCUGGCGAACCAGAGCAGCAUACGGAAACGCCGUUUACCUUCCCGCCAGAGCGGUACCUAUUUAUCUACUUGCACUUUGACGUGCUUUUGAACUGCUAGGUUGGCAGGAGAAGGGACCUGGCGGCGGGAGCUCACCCCGUCAUUGCGGGGAUUCGAACCGCCAACCUUCUGAUCGGCAAGUCCUAGGCUCUGUGGUUUAACCCACAGCGCCACCCGCGUCCCAUACGAUAACCAAGCUAUGGCUGUAUUAACUAUGGUCUGAGGCAGAGAUUUUUAAACUGGUUGCUAACCUGGCCCCCAGAAAUCUCCACGUCGUCGCAACUGGACCCACACUAGUAGCAAAAUGCGCUGGGCUAAUUUCUGGCCCUGUUGACUCGGGUCAAAGCCCCACCUCAUCCUGCUUCUCACAGCGGCUGAUCAGGUGGGCACAAUCCGCCAUUAAGGUCUCCUUCUUUCCUAUAACUCGUUUUCAGCAGCAGCGACACCGGUGAGUUCCUGCCGCCUCUUCCUCCCUCACCUUGUCAUUUGCUUUUCCUCCCCCUACCCCCAGGACGAUUCUCCUCAGUGUGAUCUCGCUGCUCAACGAACCCAACACAUUCUCUCCGGCCAACGUUGACGCUUCUGUGAUGUACAGGAAGUGGAAGGAGAGCAAAGGCAAGGAUCAGGAAUACACAGACAUCAUCAGGUUGGUGGGAAAGGCCACUAGAAAUUCCGUUGUUGCACCCACAACCUAGGUUUAAGGUGCUGUUGAGCUCCUCACUUUCAUAUCUCACUUUCUAACACUGGCCACAGGCAUCUGAUUGGCCACUGUGAAAAGAGGAUGCUGAACUAGAUGGGUAUCUACUUGCAUGUUGAUGUGCUUUUGAACUGCUAGGUGGGCAGGAGCAGGGACCAAGCAACGGGUUGUUGCUGUUUAGUCGUUUAGUCAUGUCCGCCUCUUCGUGAUCCCAUGGACCAGAGCACACUACUCCCUCCCGCAGUUUGGUCAAACUCAUGCUGGUAGCUUCGAGAACACUGUCCAACCAUCUCUCCCUCUGUCGUCCCCUUCUCCUUGUGCCCUCAAUCUUUCCCAACAUCAGGGUCUUUUCCAGGGAGUCUUCUCUUCUCAUGAGGUGGCCAAAGUAUUGGAGCCUCAGCUUCAGGAUCUGUCCUUCAGUGAGCACUCAGGGCUGAUUUCCUUAAGAAUGGAUUGGUUUGAUCUUCUUGCAGUCCAUGGGACUCUCAAGAGUCUCCUCCAGCACCAGACUUCAAAAGCAUCCAUUCUUCGGCGAUCAGCCUUCUUUAUGGUCCAGCUCUCACUUCCAUACAUCACUACUGGGAAAACCAAGCAACGGGAGCUCACCCCAUUGCAGGGAUUCGAACCGCCGACCUUCCGAUCGGCAAGCCCUAGGCUCUGUGGUUUAACCCACAGCGCCACCCACGUUCCCUGUCCACUCUAGGGAACAGGAAACGUUGCAUUUGACUGCUUCGUUGAUGGUACAUCCCACAGACCCAGCAGCCGAUCCCCACUUAAUGCUCUUCUGCUGUCCGAAUCCCUGUUGCAAACGAAUGUCUUAUCGCCCAACUAGGAAGCAGGUCCUCGGAACCAAGGUGGAUGCGGAGCGCGACCAAGUCAAGGUCCCGACGACGCUGGCGGAGUACUGCGUCAAGACCAAGACUCCGGCGCCGGACGAGGGCUCGGACCUCUUCUACGACGACUACUACGAAGACGACGAGAUGGACGACGAGGUCAACAGCUGCUACGGCGACGAAGACGAUUCUGGCAAUGAGGAGUCUUGA